UGUAGGUGGCACUGUGAGCUCUAUAAUCCCUCAGUGGGCGUGGCUUCACAUUAUUUUGUCGUUUAUUGGUUGGUUUCUACGUAAUUUCCGCGUGUUGUAAACUUUGGCGGGAACUCGAUGUCCAGCGUGACUUAGCUUAAUUCUCUCUGAGGUAUUUGAACUUUGACCCUUUGUGGGUUUGGCGUCGAUAGUGAACCGUCUCAGCUAAAAAAAAAAGAAAAGAAAAAAAAUGAGUCGCAGGCUGAACUGUAUCGUUGCGGUUUGCCCCGACAUGGGCAUCGGGAAAAAUGGAAAUCUGCCCUGGCACCCGAUAAGACUGAGUAAUGAGUUCAAGCACUUUCAGAAGAUGACCAUGACUCCUAGUGUAGAAGGUAAAAAGAAUGUGGUCAUUAUGGGCAGAAAGACAUGGUUCUCGAUACCACCACAGAACCGGCCUCUCAAGAACAGAAUCAACGUAGUCCUAAGCCGAGAACUCAAGACUGCUCCUGAGGGAGCACACUAUCUAGCCCCUGAUUUUACCACUGCAUUACAUCUAUUGGAGAAACCAGAGCUUGAUACACAAGCAGAUCUAGUGUGGAUCAUUGGUGGGAGCUCUCUGUACAAGGAGGCGAUGGAGAACUCGGCGCUCCGGCAUGUGUUUGUAACGAGAAUCUUGAAGCAGUUUGACUGCGACACCUUCAUUUCUAACAUCGAUCUAGACAAGUUCAGGCUCCUCCCUGAGUUCCCCGGAGUGCCGGCAGGGUUACAGGAGGAAAAUGGGCUGCAGUACGUAUUUGAAGUGUAUGAGAGAGCGGAACAGAGAUGAGUGGUGCUGAAAGACCUUACACACCUGCUUAUUACUGAAAUGUGUGUGAGACGACAGCAUUUGCUCAUAGGCACUAUUUCUGUAGACAAGUAAUGUUAAGACCUGAAACCACAUCAUGGUAAUUCUCUGAAAUCAAAAAUCAAAUGAUUUAAAUGCUGUUCCAGCCAAUAAUAUGGUCUAGUUUUAACAAUUUAAAGCCUUAUCGUCUCUGUCUUUCAUCCUUGCCUUUUUGUGUCCCUGCACUCAGAGCUCUUGUGUGUGUUGUUUAUCCCACCCCAUAUGGCCAGUCCUCGCUCGUCUCAUAAAUAUGCAUUCCAUCUUUUGUCUCUAGAGAAAAUGUGCUUUGGUUGAAUAAAAUAUUUUAUUGAUCACA